AUGACGGAACAACAGUCGCCCCCGCCGGCUAAUGGCCGUGAUAAGCUCGAAGCUCAGAUCAAAUCGGCAGAUAUGACAGAGGACAUGCAGCAGGAAGCAAUUGACGUCGCCCAGGAAGCCAUGGGGAAGUACACGAUCGAGAAGGACAUUGCCCAGCAUAUCAAGCGAACGUUUGACGAGCGAAAAGGUCCCACCUGGCACUGCAUCGUGGGGAGGAACUUCGGAAGCUUCGUUACCCAUGAGACAAAGCACUUCAUCUACUUCUACCUAGGGCACUGCGCCAUCCUAUUAUUCAAGACGCAGUAG